AUGGCUGGUCCGUUCAAUAACCAUUACACAUGUCGCCAAGUGGCAGCGAAGGAUAGCAAGGCUUGUGCUAUAUGCUACAAGCCUACCACUACCGUGUUGAUCACUGACAAUCAAGUCGACUUCUUCUACGUUUGCAGCGGUCAUUUGAGUGAUGCCCAGUUUGCCACAGCCAUCAAACCCACUGAGUAUCAGGAUCUUGUGAAGAAGCGAAUAGAACUUGAAUCGCAAAUCGACAAAACGACCCAGGAACGUUAUAAACAUAAACCUUUUCUUUGGAAUAAGGUGUGGGGUCUGAAAAAGCCAAAAGAAGACGCAAAGGAGGGUGAUGCUGAUUCUAGCGACAAGUAUGCCAAGCUUACAAAAGAGCUUGAGGCCCAACAGAAAGAAUUGGAAGCUACAAAACUGUCAAUAGCCAGCUAUUCAUUCAAGAACUAUCAGCUAGAUGAUCUGAUGUUCAAGGUGCGGCUCAACCACCACACACAAUCUCAAGCAGCUCGUCUCCGACAACAGAAAAUCGAACAAGGUGGCUUCUUCCCUGAAGUUCCUCGGCAUGAUGUUACCUAA